AUGGCAACUGCAAUCACAUUUAAUCUAUUGUCUCCCAAAGGUGAAGAAGAAGAGAAUUCAACAAAUCAAAUUUUGCCCGAAAUUCAGCUUCAACCGAAAACACUGAAACCAUUUCCUCCAUCGAUUCUGAAUUCCAUAGAACGUCAUCGAAAGGCUCUACCAUAUUCCCAAUCAAAUUCAGACUUUUUAACAGUGACACAAUCAUCAUUGGACACUGAUGAUUCUGAUAGCCAAAAGACUGAGGGAGAUAGAAAACAACGAUCACCAUCCGAAGUUCGUAUUUCACUCUUUCCUGGUACGGGCGUUAAAAGACUCAAUUCAUUAUCCAAGAGUGAAGUUGAAGUAUCAGACAGGAUGUCGUCCAUGCGAGGUUCUGAUCCGAGUAUUAUAGAAUCAGCGACGAAACCUCGUUUCGAUAAUUUAAGAAAAUCGUUAUUGGACAAAAAGCUUAGUCGUCGAAUACAUUCAUCAUUCGGUAGUUCAUCAACACUAAGGUCAAUGGUAUUUCGUCGGCGAUCGUCAAACGUUUCGUCAAAUCGUCGGCAUCACAUUAAAACAGACUCGAAAUGGCACACUGUACGAAAAAAGCUACCAGAUAUUGCUUCGAUGAGCGAAACGUAUAUUCGUGUCAAAAAUAAAAAUGCCGACUGGAAUUGGGCUCGUUUAAAGCAACCACUAUUUUUGCAAGUACAAGAAUUACGCGAAAUGAGUCAAAUGCAAGAAAUCGAUGAUGAAAACAAGGAAAAAUCACCGAAAACCGGUUUUAAAUUGAAAAAUAUUAUGGAAGAUGAAGUUAUACAUAUUGAUAUUGACGGUGUUAUUCAUACCAUAUCGACAUUAGAUUUGAUAACUGGACGAUUGAAGCAAGACGUUCAUAUUGACAAAAUUGUACAUACGUUAGUAAGAGGACAUCUAAAACGGGUGAAAAAACGCGAAGAACAUCAGCGAGUGAUUCAACAGAUGAGACUUCGAGAUUUAUUUCGUACAGGUGAAAAAAAACCUGACAAAAAUUUGGUUGUUUCAUCAGUCAGUUUUCAAGAUCCAAGUGUAUUCGUGCAUGCUGCGUACGAAAGAGAUAAUGAAACAUUACAGAAAUUUUUGUUAGCAGGUUUUCCACCUGAUUCACCCGAUCCUGCAACCAAAAAUACUGCACUACAUGCAGCUGUUGAAUCACAGAACAUUAAGGGUGUUCAGUUGUUAUUAAACAAUGGCUGCCAAACGAAUUUGACUGAUAUAAGUCUAUCGACACCGUUGCACGUUGCAGCAUAUACCAAUUCCGACGAGCUUGUGCAAUUGUUGCUCACUCAUGGAGCUGAUUGUUCGAGAACAGACAACACUGGACGAAAUUCAUUUCAUAUAGCUGCAGGUGCAAAUGGAAACGUUCGGAUUUUACAAUUACUUGUCGCUUCUGAUACUGACAAACGUGCAAUUAAUUCACAGGACAAGCAAAAAUGGACACCAUUGAUGAAUGCGUGUGCAUCAUCUCAUCAAGCAGCCGUUUUAUUUUUACUUCAAAAUGGAGCUGAUCCAACAAUACGUAAUGACAAGGGCAUGACGUGUUUACACAUUGCGACAUUUGUUGGUGCCAUUGACAUUGUAAACGAUCUCUGUACAUUUCCCAUAUCAUUCACAUCUUCACCAUCUGUAACGAAACGACAAUUAGAUAAAAAUAAUAACGACGGUCCAUUAUCAUCUCCCGGAAUAAAAGCAUUUAUUAAACCGACAAAUAGAUACGAUACACAUUCGGUAAGAACCGUUUCAACGUCAUCCAGUGAUAGUGGUAAACAUUUUAUAUUUUACGAUGGUGGAUCAUCGACGAUUGAUAAUCAACAGUUAAUCGAUAUAGCUGAUAAGAAUAACCAAACGGCGUUAUUCUAUGCUGUCACGGAAGGUCACACAUCUAUUGCCAUACACUUACUUGAUUUAGGAGCAAAUCCGUACCAUUUUGAUAUUGAUAAUCAAACAUGUCUACAUAACAUGUUAUCAUCGACGAUUAUUCUGAAACGUCAUCUUCAGUUGUUUUUUAAAUUAAUCCAAUAUGUUGACUAUCGCUCUUUAAAAGAUCGUUUAGGUCGAACACUACUCGACUUAGCUUACAUUAAUGAAUAUCAGUCGUUAAUCUAUCUAUUAACGUUAUUAGGUUAUACUCGUAAUGAUGAAAUUGUGUUUAAUACAGAUCAUACAAAUGAUCAAACAAGUUUAAAUUCACAAACACUAAAAAGUACAAUGUUCAGUUUGAAACAAUUAUGUAUUCUAAAAUGGAAAAAAUCAAUAGUACAUGAUAACACAAACGAUCAUAUACAAACACCAUAUGAUCUACUGAUAAAAUCAUUUCAUCAAUGUUUCAAUAUAAACAGUAUUAGUCCAGUAGAAAAAUCGAUUGAUACUAUUGAACAUCAGCAGUCAUUAGUCACGCAUUAUUCUUCUCUAUCAGGUACAUCACUAUCCGAUUCAAUCAAUAACAUAACAUCCACAUCAAAAUCUUCAACAAAUAAAAGAAACAUGAUUUCUAACACGAAAAAAUCAGCAUUAUCCACUAAUGAAACUCGUUCUAUAUCACAAACAGAUAUUCAGCCACAACAAUCAUCAAAUUCUACAUUUACAAAUAGAUUCAAACAGAACAAUAAUAAAAAAUCGAUAGUUGAACAAGAGAUAACUGAAUCACAUCAACAUGACAUGAAAAAUUUGGUAUUAAAUAUCCUAUCAUCAGUAUCAAAGCUCGAUUCAAUUAUCAAUUAUCCGAAUUUAAAUAGUAAUUCUCGUUUAAUACAUGAAGAUUUACAACACUCAAUAUACUCUUACAAAUUAGGAUAA